AUGAAGAAUGCUAUAAGGACUGAAGAGGGUCAAGAAGCAGAUGGGAAAGUAAAACCUAAACCUCGUGCGAGGUUGGGUGAUGCAGAAAUCGUCUAUUUAUCAGAUAGUGAGCCAGAGGAUGAAGUAUAUCAUGAUGGUGAAGAGGAAGGAGAAGAAGGUGAUUGGUUGAAAGGUUAUGGGGAUGAUACAGAGGAUCUUCAACUGCAACAUCUCCGAUUGAAAACCCCCACGCUUCUCUCAUUAAAUUUGGGAAGGUUUAAACAACUCAAAAGAUUGUGUUUGAGACAAAACGAACUGAUAUCCCCCUUGCCGCCACAGGCUCUGGAUGGGUUGGAAGAAUUGGAAGAGAUUGAUUUGUAUGAUAAUCGUUUAGGACCCGUGGUGGAGGAUGAAGAAUUGAAAGGGUGCAAGAAUGUGACCUCCCUCGAUUUGAGCUUCAACAACAUCCGUCAUCCUCCCACAUUACCGAGUAUGAAACAAGUCAAUACUUUGUAUCUCGUCCAGAACAAGAUAUCCCACGUAGAAGAAGGAUGUCUAGAUUGGGCUGCUGGGAGUUUGAAGAGUUUGGAGUUGGGUGGGAAUAGGAUACGGGCGAUCGAGAACCUUGAUCAAUUAGUACUCCUUGAAGAGUUAUGGUUGGGGAAAAAUAAGAUCCGUAUUCUAGAGAAUCUUACAACAUUCACAAACCUCCGUAUCCUCUCCCUUCAAUCAAAUAGGAUAACAAAGAUACAAGGUCUGGAAAAUCUGAUAUCACUCGAAGAACUGUAUUUGUCACAUAAUGGUAUCAAGAAGAUUGAAGGUUUAGAGAAGAAUGUAAAGUUGACAACUCUGGACAUUGGAAAUAAUAUGGUUGAAGAGAUAGAGGGAAUUUCUCAUCUUGUUCAAUUGGAAGAAUUCUGGGCAAGUAAUAACCAAAUCCAAAAUCUUUCAGCUUUAGAAACUCAACUAUCACCACUUCCGAACCUCACAACGGUUUAUCUCGAAGGUAAUCCUUGUCAAAGCAACGAUGUUAAUUAUAGACGAAAAGUCAUUUUAGCUUUACCUCAAGUUCAACAAGUAGAUGCUACCUAUGUAAAGGUCAUGUAG